UAAGCCUUCAAAUAUUGAUGUCUUUGUUUUAUUCCAAUCCAACCAUUUACUUUGAUGGGAAUGGGAAAUAUUCUAACAUUUAUUUUUGUUGCAUUCAAAAGGUGAUUUGCCGAAUUCUAAGUCUAGGACUCGUAAGAAUGAUUCGUUCAAGUAUGUAGUGGAUAAAAUGAAGGAUCCGGGUCAUGAGGAGGAUUCUAGUUCGGACCAGUUUGACAGGAAGAAGGUGAAAGGAUGUGGUAAAGAUAAGAACGAAGAGAAAAAGACGGAUCAUGAUGAAGAGUCCAGUGGUUUUACAGACCAUUAUGACACAAAGAGUCUGAGGAGAGAUGGCAAAGAGAAGGGGAAGGAGAGAAAGAAAGGAAGAAGCUCGGAGCCUGUCCGCAAUAGGUUCAGAGAAUCAGGAAGGUUGGGAGAGGAUGAGGUUGGGGAUGAAAAUUAUGAGGAUCAGGGACGGGAGGAGAGCAAGUAUGUGAUUUGAUCGACUUCCUGUGAUGAUAAUUUUACUACAAGGUGUAUUCCAUUGGGGAAUGUGUACUGACUUAUUGAUUCAAAGUGAAUUUCUGGAGCUGAACAAUCUUGAGAGGAAGAAAAAGAAGAGUGCUGAAAGAGCGAAAGCGCUGUUUAUGGAGAAUUUUGUUGGGUCCGUGGAGAGAGACGCAGAAGGUUUCAAGAAAUCGGCGGCGGAAUUGGAAAAGGAAUGGUGAGUAUACUUUAUAUUUGGAAAUACUUGCCUGCGUACUGACUGGAAUAGGAUGAUCGAACAGAACAAGUUCAUAACCAGCUUCCAUGCUACUUAUGCUUUUGCAUCGCCAUUCAGAAUCGAGAAGAAAGGUGCGAAACAUGAGAAUGACAUUCAUGAUUUUGCCUUGAAUCAUGGAAGGGGCAAAGAUAUGAUUGCACGGGCUUUGGAAAUAAUUUCUCAAUUCGACAAGCUGGCUAGGAAGAAUGUUACGAAGGAGUUUGAAGGAUUACUUGGUAAUGAAUGGGGUAAAGAGGAUGACCAGAUUGCGAAGAUGCUCGAACUGGGAAAGACUGUAGGGUUGAAUAAGUUCGAGUGUAUCAUCAAUGCUUCAAAGCCGGAAGAGACCUUGGAUACGGAUGCGAUCGAAGUCUCGAACCAAAUCUUCCCGGUUGUUGAGGAGGGGAAUUCUAUUGGAUGGGGAAAGGAGGCAAAGAAACAUCAGAGGGCAAAUAGGAAAUUGCUCAAGGCUUUUGAAAGCAAGGUCUAAAAGAUGAUGAGAGGAAUGCCAUAGAGAGCAAAGGGAGACUUACAGAUUUUGCUUGUAACUAUUUUAGGCUUCGGUAUGUUUGCUAUCGGCACAUACAUCCUA